AUGAGUCGUCAUUAUGAAAAUUAUAAAAGGGAUAGAAACAAUAGCAUCCUGAGUAGCAGUAAAAGAAAGAAAAAUGAAUUUCGAUAUGAUAAUCAUGAAAGGAAAAGGGAUUCACACGAUGAAGAAUCUUUUAAAUCAUAUACAAUACACAAAGAGGAGACGAGCGAGGAAAGAGAUAUGCAGUAUUAUAGAAAACGGAUUAGACAAGAAUGGGGUGAUAGGGUAAGGUUGCAAAGAGAUUGUGAAAGGGUGAGUAGGAGAGAAUGGGAAAGGGAACGGUAUAGAGAGAGGAGGAACUCACACUUGAGAUCACCCGAGGGGUUUCACAAAAAAUCGAAAAGGAAAAAGGAACGUAUGAGUAGUAGCGGUGAUGAAGGGGACAUGAGCGAAUAUGCGGAUGGGCGAAGUAGAAGAAGUGGGAAAAGUGGGAGAAGUGGAAGAAGUGGACAAAGUGGAAGGAGUAGUAGCUGCAGCAACGGGCACCAAACUUCUAGUGCAAUGUAUUCAGAGGCCGUAGAAAGAAAGAGGAUGCAACAUGAUAAGGAGAAACUGGGAGCGAAAGGAAGUCGUGAUGGUGAGGAUAGGAGAAGAACAAAAAGACGUAUCAAACAUGGUGAUAGAAGUAACGAAAGUAGUAUUUCUCAAGGAGAAGAUUCCAGUGAGGGUAGAAGGGAAUGUCGUAGGGCACAGGAAGGACUAAAAAGGGAACGUAAAAACGAGAGGGGGAAAUCAAUCCAUUACGGAUCCUCCGACAGCAGCAGCAGGACCUCGGAAAAAUACCUACGCAGAAAAAAAAAAAAAAAAAAAAAAAAAAAAAAAAACUAUUCUACAUCUGAGGAUGACAGUAGCACAGAGAAAGAAGAGAAGGAAGAGAAAGAAAACAAACAACACAAGGAGAAGCAUAAAAAGAAGAAACAUGGCAAACGGGAUGAGGAGAACAAUGAUGAUCGCAGCAAGACUACUGGCAGCAGGGACCUUGGGAAGAAAGACCCAUUGGCAAGUGAAUCUGGUGAAAACACGGAUAGUGGAAGCGAGGUCAGAAGAAAGAGAAAGGAGGUUAGCAUCAAAGUGGACGACCAAGCGGUUGGCAACGUGGAUUCUAACGUGGAUUCUAACAUGGACACCAAUGCGGAUGCCAAUGUGAGCACUUUUGCGAGUGCUCCUACGAAUGAUCUUCCGAGCGGCAAGGAGGAAAAUGGCGAGCACAAACUUAGCCGUUUGGAAAGAUUAAAACGUUUCGCACAAAAGAUAAAAAAGAAAGGGAAUGAUGAAGUAGAUGUAAAAUUACCCCUUUCUGCAAAGACUACGAAAUUUACCCUGAACAUGACAAGAACCCAUGUUGGUAAGAAGAAGAAGCUCGAUUUGGACAUAUUUCAAAAUAUCACAGGGGACGCUGAUAAUGUUGGGGACUCGGAAGAGGAGGAGAAAAAGAAGAAGAAAAAAAAAAAAAAAAAAACGAGUGCACGUAAAAUGAACGGAACAGAUGAUGUAACCACAGACUCGCAUAAUAGAAAGGAGGAUAUUGAAGAACUUAAUACAGACAAAUGGAAAGAAGUUGGAGAAAAUGAUAAUGAAGAUGCUUUGGAAUUGUUCAUGAGAAAUUUGGAAAAGGACUAUGCAGACAAAGAUACUGAGAAAGUUUUGCCUAACCAAACUAUAACAUUGGACGAGAUUUAUAAUUAUGAUGUUAACAUGCACAAGUUCGAGGGGUCAGGAAAGAUAAAUUCUUACAAAAAUGAGGGUGACACCUCGGGUGAAGAAGCGGGACUAGCCAAACCGAGUGAAGAAGCGGGACUAGCCAAACCGAGUGAAGAAGCGGGACUAGCCAAACCGAGUGAAGAAGCGGGACUAGCCAAACCGAGUGAAGAAGUGGGACUAGCCAAACCCGGUGAAGAAGCAGAUCUUACGAAGGACCAAAACAGUGAAGAAUACUAUAGACUGUUCAUUGAAGCACUAAAAAAAAAAACAGAAGACGACAUACAGAAAGAGACUAAGAAAGACACGGAGAAGGAAGUUGAAAAAAUAGGAAAAGAGAAAAAUGGAAACUCCACUGCAGGAAAGAGCGAAUCAGAAGAAGAAUCUAUAGAUGGCUUAAGUGAAGAUAGCGAAUUUAAUAUCGAAACGAAUACUCUAAGAAAAGUGAAUAAAAAAUUGCUACAGGUAAAUCAUGAUGAAGUAGAGUACCUACCAAUUAAAAAAAAUAUUUAUGUACAGGUAAGUGAAAUAACGAACAUGAAAGAGAGUGAUGUAGAAAUGUUUAGGAAAAAUAAUGGAAAUAUAAUUGUGAGAGGAAAAAAUUGUCCAAGGCCAGUUCAAUAUUUUUAUCAAUGUGGUUUACCAUCUAAAAUUUUACAAAUAUUAGAAAGAAAGAAUUUUAAAAAAAUGUUUAGUAUUCAGAUGCAGACAAUUCCUGCUCUAAUGUGUGGAAGAGAUGUUAUAGCAAUUGCUGAAACGGGUAGUGGAAAAACAUUGUCAUAUUUAUUUCCUCUUAUGAGACAUGUACUGCACCAACCACCAUUACGUAAUAAUGAUGGGCCAAUAGCUAUAAUUCUUACACCAACAAGAGAACUAAGUAAACAAGUAAAGAAUGAAGCAAAAGUGUAUUGCAAAGCAGUGAAUUUGAAAAUAUUAGCUGUUUAUGGAGGUUCUAAUAUAGGAUCCCAAUUGAACAGUCUUAAAAGAGGGGUAGAAAUAUUAGUAGGUACUCCUGGUCGUAUUAUAGACAUAUUAACCAUAAGUAAUUGUAAAGUUACAAAUUUGAAUAGAGUUUCUUUCGUUGUUUUGGAUGAAGCAGACAGAUUAUUAGAUCUUGGAUUUGAAUCUCAAAUACAUAGUAUUCUAAACAAUUGUAGAAAAGAUAAACAGACUGUCAUGAUUUCUGCCACGUUUCCAAAUUAUAUUCAAAAUUUAGCAAAAAAAUUGUUAUAUAAACCUAUCGAAAUUAUAGUAGGAGAAAAAGGAAAAACGAACAAUAACAUAUACCAAUUUGUUCAAGUAUUAGAAGAAUCACAAAAAAUUUUUCAUCUUUUAAAAUUACUAGGAGAAUGGGCAAGUUAUGGGUUAAUACUUAUUUUCGUCAAUAAACAGUUAGAAGCAGAUGUACUUUAUUUAGAAUUAUUUAAAUAUGAUUAUAAAACAUUGGUGUUGCAUGGUGGGCAAGACCAAGCUGAUAGGGAAUUUACCUUGCAAAAUUUCAAAGAAGGAAAAAACAAAAUUUUAAUAGCUACAUCUGUUAUGGCAAGAGGUAUUGAUAUCAAAAAUAUUAUAGUAGUUAUUAAUUACCAAUGCCCUGAUCAUAUAGAAGAUUACAUACAUAGAAUCGGAAGAACUGGGAGAUCAAACAGUAUUGGAUACUCCUACACAUUUAUCACACCCAAUGAACAUUUAAAGGCUUAUGACAUUUACAAUCUAAUAAAAAAUAAUAUAUACUACAUUAACAAAACCAUAGAUAUCCCUCUUGAAUUAGAAACGCUGGUUCAAGAAUACACCAAUAGUACUAGCUUUUCUGAGUACAAAAAAAAAGGGUACACAGGAAAAGGAUACAAAUUUACUCCAAAUGAAAAGUCUCGGUUGCAGAUAGAUAAGGCUAUUGCAAAGAAGGAACUUGGAUUAGUACAGGACAAGGCAGACAAUCAACCAGACGUUUGUGCUCCAGAUGGAGAAUUAGAUGUAACAUCAGCGGUAGCGUCAGGCAUAGCUCCAGCUCUAGGCCAACUGAAUGGUAUGGCCACCGGGGCCAUGUCAACUCAUGUCUCGCUCUCGUCAACAGUUUUGCAAAACCAGAGAAGAUCUUCAAAUCAACAAGGCUCACAGCAGCAGAAGCAGCAACAGCAGCAGCAACAGCAGCAACCGCCGCCCCCUCCUCCUCCUCCUCCACCUGGUGAACCGCCAGCAUUAAAUGAACAAAAUGACAUCAAACGAAUAGAACUGGAAAUACAGAGAAUAAAGAUGAAUGACAAAAUGGAUUUAUCUCUAAAAGCAAAAACAAUAAAUGAACUAAUGAAAACGUACAAUUUUGUUGCCCAACAACAAAAGAAUAUGAAAAAAAAUGUGGAGACAUCCCAAGAAAGUGAAAUCGAGAAAAUUGCAGAAAAAGAAGCAACAAAAGCAAGUGAACAUAUAAAAGAUGAAAAGGAAAGACAGUUAAUCUUUAACAGAAUUAAGGAAGAUGUAAAGAAAAAAUUAGCAAAUAGUAAAGUACAAACUAAUAGCAAAACUGAAAAUAUUCAUAGAAAUAUGCUUCUAAAUUCAAUUAGAACAAGAAAUAUGAAAAAGUAUUCACCUUUCUUACCUCAUACCUAUGUUACUGAAGAUAACACUAUUUUGGAAGAAUUCUACAUUAAUGAUUACCCACAGCAUGUUCGUUUAAAAAUAUGUAAUCGUGAUGUUCUUGCACGAAUUUCAGACAUGUCAGGUGCUAGAUGUCAAAUAAAGGGCCAGUAUUCAAACCCUGCACAGCCAACAAAAACCACCUUUCUACUGGAUUCCAAACAGCUACAUAUAGAAAUUACUGCAUCUACGUACAAUCAGGUUCAGAUAGCGCGCAAUGAAUUUACGUCCCUCUUGAAUCAGUUCUUGCAAAAGUGUAACGUCAAGGGGCACCGGAAGGGCUGA